AUGGCUGUGGCGAUGCGUCGUAAUUGGUAUGAUGAGGAUUUCGCCAGGAGACAUCGCGAUUCAUGGUGGAUUCGCGACAACUGGUACGACGAUUGGAAAGAUUGGCCUAUGGACUGGCCUCGACCGAGAGAUCUCAUGGACAGGUUUUGGCGAGAUACCGAUAACUGGUGGCGCGACUGGCCGUCGGAUUGGCCUCGCAUGGAUGCUGUUAUGCCAAGAUUCACCUCUCAUCUGGAUCAACUAGAUCGUAAUUGGCGUAACGAUCCGUUUUGGCAAGACAUCUAUCCGCGGUGGGCUGAGCCGAUUUUUAAGGUGAAAACACAAAACGACACAUUGAUGAUCGAAGGACGUCAUGAGGAUGUACGCGAUCGUGAUAAUUUCACAAAAAUGUAUUUUGUACGAAAAUAUCAGAUGCCUCGUGAUGUCGAUCAUGCUCUCAUUUCGAGUAACAUGGAUUCGAGAGGCCGUCUUACUGUUGAAGCACCACGUCGUCCAGCUCCGUUGAACGCACGCGAUCGCGUGAUUCCAAUUGAAAGUGCCGGUCAACGUUCCUAUUCUUCGUCAUCGCAACGGAUCCACGAAUCCACGUACAGAAAUGGAUCGCACUCACCGCGCUCCACCGAGAUUCCGCUCCAUGUCCAAACUGGCGAUAGUCGUUCGCGUGAGGUUUACGUAUCGCGUGAUAAUAGCCGUGAAAUGGACAGCGAACGUGAACGUGAACGCGAACGGGAACGUGAACGAGAACGUGAGCGCGACCGUGAGCGCGAGAUAUACGUACGACGCGAGGAUGAUCGAGAUCGCGACCGUGAACGUGAUAGAAUCCGCGAUCAUGAAAUCCGUCUCAGUCCUCGUACUAGUGACUACACAACGUCGUCUAAGUAUAGAUACGAAUCACACACUAGAGAAGUAUCACCGCAUUUCGUAUCAACACAAAACGAAAGCCGCUCUUUUAUGCAUCCGACGAGAACAAGUGCUGAUACCCGAUCAGAACAAGAAGUUGAUGGGCGUCCAUCCGAUCAAGAAGUAUCUGACUCGAUUAAAAAGCAGCUCAGCAGAGGUUAUCGCGUGGAAUCACCGUCAUCGACUUCUGGCGGUGGUAUUCUGAGGAAUUCUGAUCGACCUGAAUCUCGUUCGGAAAGCGUGCGCAGCGUUCAAAUUUUCCGAAAGACGUUCGGAUAG